AUGUGUAGUUUAGUUAAUUUUAAUUUUAAUCGAACUUACAAUCCUAUCGGGCGACAAAAUGCUUUAAGUGAUAUAAAAAGACUACUGACGUCAAGAGACACUGAGUCUCAAAAUAAAUCCUGUGGGUAUUUAAUAGAAGUUAUAAGUAGAUAUGAUAGUAAUUCAAAUGAGAAAAGUCGAAUGGUCCAAUAUUUGUUAGACAACGACAUUGUUGUAUUUCUAUGUGAAGCAACAUCUAAUUUAGAUUUUUUACUUCUUCGAUCAGUGCUACAAUGUAUUCGUUUGCUAUGGCGCGAACAGCGUUUCUUUGAAGAGGAGCACGCGACACACGCCUUAGCUGCUGUUGUGAGAGCACUGGUACAUUAUUCCGCCAUCGAUGCUCUAAGUGCCGUUGAUACGUGCUUACAUUUUAUUUGCGAUCUGUUACAUGGAAUUAGGUCUCAUAAAACAGCAUCAGCACUGUCCCUCCAAAGUUCUUAUAAUGUGGAACAACUACUCGCUUCAAUUUUUACCAUGGGAAGUCGAAUAACCAACAAACCAAACACAAUUCUCAAUAUUGCUCUAGUACUUGAUGCUCUUAUAUCGUAUCAACCAACAGGAUUGGACAUUAAGGGUAGUGUAGGAAAAGUUUUAGUGGAAACUUUAGAUAAAUGGCUGGAGAUGCUCAUGUCGGGACUAAAUCACGUUAUGUUAGUUGGACAAAGCGAUGUAGGGAUGAUGUUGGUUGUUACCUGUCAAUUGGGAGUUAACACGUUAAGGCUUACGAAUUUGCUGGAAAACAGCAAAGAACCAAUGGACUUCAUCAAUAAAAUAUUAAAAGAUGAACAAGAAAUAAUUUUGUUAAAGGAAUGUUGUUCAAAAUUGAGAAAUUCAAUUUACAAUAUUAUCAAACAGCUUGUAAUUUUUGUGAAGGAAAAUCAAAAUCUCAUAAAUACUGAGGAAUAUGGUGAAUUUUUAAAAUUUCUACUAAAUUUUAUGUAUGAAAAUGGAAAAACCAAUAUUCUACCGGAUUUUUGUGAUAUCUUAUUUUCAAAGGGCUAUCUGAUAAUGUUACCGCAAAUGCAAUUAAUCAGGAACGAUGCAACAGUUCGUAAAGUUAGCAUUUUAAUUUUGGGGGAAAUGCUGAAAAUUUUGACUGUAAAAUAUUUGUAUGUUGAUGAAAAUUUUAAUUCUGAUAAAUGUAGUGAAGAUAUUCAUAUGGGUUUGAUCGAAUUGCAAUAUGGUAUAGAGAAACCACAAAAUAUUGGAAUGCAGCUACAAAAAAAUCAGUCUUACAGUUUGUUGAUUUAUGUUUAUUUUUACUGUCAAUCAUCGGAGAAUCCUGAAGAAUCAACAGCACCUCUGCUUCCGUUCCUAAUAGAGUACAUAUUACGUUUUCCUAAAAAGUCAAAACUUCCUGGAUAUGUAAUAAAAGCGUUAUGGCUUGUUUUCGCAAUGUCAACGGUAUCAAAUCGUUCGCUAGAAUCGUUAGAUCAAAGAGUUUAUUUAGAGAAGGCUACUGAUCGUGUAGUGGAUAUGUUAUGUCCAAAUCCCGCAAUUUAUUAUACUCACAAUCCUGCUAUUUUAUUCUGGGCUUUCACAUCUUCACGUAUCUCUAACAACAUCAAAUUACACGUUUUAUCAGAAUGGUUCAAAACGGAGAGUUUUCUUCCCAACGAUUUAACUAAGGGAUCAGAAAUAUGGGAAAUACUUCUUAAUCUUAUAACUCAAAGUAAGGAUGACAUAGUCAUAACUAACAGCAUGGAUGGUUUAAACACGUGUUUAGACGAUGUAGAUGAAACGACUAAAGCAGAAUUCGCUAUUUUAAUAUGGUCUAUGCUUCCUUGUGUUUUAUCGAAAGCAUUGAUAGACUGUGAAAAUGAAAUAGAUACAAAUAUCUGCCAUAUUUUGGAAAUAGCGACAACACAACUACCAGCAGAAAUCGAUCAGUCAAUUUGCCUUAAAGUCGCUGUUCUAAUAACAACAUUGUAUUCGAAGAACAUCCCAGAAACGAAUGAUAUUUCGUCUAGACUUGAUUAUGAAUACGUAUGUUUAAAGAUGUGUUUGUUACUUUUGGGUAUAUCAAGGAACCAAAAUGAUGAUAAAGUAUUACUAACUUUCAUAAAUCGACCUGGUUUCUUGCCAAGUGUACUCACAGCAACAAAUAGUUCAGAUGAUGGCGUCGCCUGCAUCGCUCUCCAACUGCUUUCUUAUAUUGUCUUCUGCUUCACAAAGAAUAAAUAUCAACCAAAAUCUAUAAUAGAAAUGAAAACUGAUUUAAUAAUAAAAUCGCUUCGACACGAUAUUGAAAACGAACGAGGUUCAUCUCUCUUACAAUUAGUUUAUAUGAUUCUUAAUUCGAAUACUAACACACCAUUUGUUUUGACAUACAAUUUAAUGGAGCAUCCUUCACAAAAUGAUCAGUGUUAUGCGUUAAGAGCUCUCAUGUUUAGGAUACAGUUGCUGCUUUGUUCUCGUGAUCCCAAAAAUCAGUCAACAGCUGCUUGGAAAACUCUAAGUUCAAUUUAUAAACAUGCAAUUGUAUACAAAAACGAUUUAAAACUUGUCUGUACACUCACGUCCCAACCUUGGACUCACACAAUUAUACGUUUUCAACCAACACCAAACUUAACAGAAGAAUUUCUUACAUUUACCCAAAACUGGUUAACUUUGCUCAAAGUAACUAUAAAAAAAGACAGAGAAUUGAAGAAACAACACAUUUCCAAACGUAGCGUAAUAAUAAAAACGUUAUUGAUUUUAAAGAAUUCCUUAAAUGAAGAAGAAUUGAAAGAAUCAAGCGAUAAUUUGCUCACGAUUGUUCGAGAAAUUUUAGAAGAAUGUAAUAGUAGAGAAAAAUCAUUUAUUUAA